AAAAAAAAAAAACACUUCCAAAGACCAAAGAAGAGUAAGAAGAAUCUAUAGGAGAGAAGAUAAUGGCGACGAGAACAAACAUGCCUGAACAUGUCAGAGGUUUAAACAAAAACGGCGCCGUUAAGAAUCGCCGUGCACUCGGUGACAUCGGAAACCGAGUCACCGUGGCUCAAGGAGGAAAGCCUCAGCUUCCGAUUAACCGACCCGUAACCCGAAGUUUCCGUGCUCAGCUCCUAGAGAAGCCAACAAUCAACGGCGAAAACAAGGCUCUUCCCUCAAAGAAACCACAACAACCAAGAAACCAAGAAAAAGCAGUUCCAAAGAAAAACCUAGUGAUUAAGCUCAAGCAACAGACUAACAAACAAGCUGACGUGGUUGAGAAGCCAAAGGAAAGAUCAUCACCUAAGAGCAAGAAGGUGACUUACUCAUCAGUUCUGAGUGCAAGGAGCAAAGCUGCAGCAACCAACAAGCCGGAGAUUCUUGAUAUUGAUGAGUCUGACAGAGAUAACCAUCUGGCUGGUGUUGAGUACGUUGAUGAUAUGUACUCGUUUUACAAAGAAGUGGAGAAGGAGAGCCAGGCUCAGAUGUAUAUGCACAUUCAGAGUGAGAUGAAUGAGAAGAUGAGAGCUAUCUUGGUUGAUUGGUUGUUAGAAGUUCACAUCAAGUUUGAGCUUAACUUGGAGACUCUUUACCUCACUGUCAAUAUUAUUGACCGGUUUCUCUCUGUGAAAGUUGUUCCUAAAAGAGAGUUGCAGCUUUUGGGAAUCAGUGCUUUGCUUAUCGCUUCUAAGUAUGAAGAGAUCUGGCCGCCUCAGGUGAAUGAUUUGGUGUAUGUGACAGACAAUGCUUACAACAGCAAGCAGAUUCUAGUGAUGGAGAAGACUAUUCUUGGAAACCUCGAAUGGUACUUGACAGUGCCGACUCAAUACGUGUUCCUUGUCCGCUUUAUUAAAGCUUCUAUGUCUGACCCUGAGAUGGAGAAUAUGGUUCACUUUCUUGCUGAGUUGGGGAUGAUGCACUAUGACACGUUGAAGUUCUGUCCAUCCAUGCUUGCUGCUUCGGCUGUUUACACAGCGAGGUGCUCGUUGAACAAGUCACCUGCUUGGACUGAGACCUUGACGUUCCACACUGGCUAUUCAGAGUCUGAGAUUAUGGAAUGCUCAAAGCUUCUUGCGUUACAUCACUCGAGAUGUGGAGAGAGCAGGCUACGUGCUGUGUACAAGAAGUACUCUAAAGUGGAGAAUGGAGGUGUUGCUUUGGUUUCACCAGCCAAGACUCUCUUGACUGCUGCUCCUCUUUCUGCUUAAGUCAUGGGAAUAGACUCGUUCAUCAGAUCCUCUCUCUGAUUCAACUUGAAGAUUUGCUUUUAAAACGUCUUUGUUGUUAUGAGUUCAAAAGUAAUAAUGAAUUCUUUGAAAACAAACAUGUCUGUAUUGGUUUCUUUUUUUAUAUAACUAAUAGGUAAGCUUUCUGAUGUUUGAUUGUGUUUGCGUGGUAAUCACAAUCCAUUAUAUACUAAUUGAACUAUACCUUC